AUGGCUACACCAUAUUCUAAGGUUUUCGAGAAUUGUGGAGAAUAUUGCCUGCCUCUCAUCCUAGCCUCUGUCGACUAUGAAAAGCGUUCGACAUUCUCGAGACUAAAAUCCACCGUCAGAGGUCGUCGACCAAGUAGUGGACCCGUUCUACGUGUGAGCGUUGGCCGACUGCUACAAGAACUGCUCUACACGGUACAGAUUUUCAUCGCCCCCUUAGCAUACCAAUUUCGAAGGGAGUUUGACAAGGCGACCCUUGUCGAUGGAUUAUAA